AUGGGGUCCCAAGCGAAGUCGAGCAUCCCCCUGGCGCAGCCAGCGCGGGAAGGCCAAUCGGAGGAGGAGUCGAAGAAUGCGGGGUCAGGCGCAAAAAAGGGAAGCCCCGGAAACGGAGCCACCAGCCUGAUCAGUUUGAAAGGUUACGACAUGCCCUCCACGUUGGAAGAGCUGCUAGACAAGAAAGAAAUUAGAGUAUCCUCAGAACAGAAGACGCCAUUUAACAUUAACAGGAAUAUCAUUUUGCUACUUUACUUUGUGCUGAUUGUGCUGACGAAUCGUCUCUUCUUUGGAUGGCCCAAUUUGUCUAAUCUUUUAUUUAGAGAAGGUGCCUACGUCUGGAAGUGCACGAAAAACGCAGGAGGGACUUACGACAAGGGUGACGAUAAGAGGUAUGUGUGUGAGGAUCAAGAUAAGGCCGUACAGACAAUCUUCGUUUUUGGGUCCUCUGCCUAUUUUGCUUUUUCCUUUUUUAAUGGGAUUAUUGUGGAUUAUUUGGGAUCCCGGUUCAGUAUGCUCCUAGGUCAUGUGCUAAACUUAGUUGGGUGGAUCCUCCUGAUCAUGUCUAAUGAGCACUUCGACGCUUAUGUCAUUUCCGGUGUGUUCAUCGCAGCAAGCAUCGAUCUGGCCUCCUUCUCCACGCUGAAUGCCUCAGGCUUAUACCCCGGGAAUGAGAAUCUAAUUGUGAAUAUCAUUUCCGGUGCGGGGUCCCUCUCUGCCGGCACGAUGACCAUCCUGGAUUUGCUAAUCAGCGGGCUGAACCUCAGCUUCAAAACGUUCAUGCUGUGGUACAUGUGCAUCAGCGUGGUCUUCUUUUUCAUCCUCACGAUUUUUAUGUUUCCGAAGAGUAGGUACUAUAGGCAGUACGAAUUUGACAACUACUACAGCAGUAGGGACCUGAGCAUGAAGGGCGCGGGGGAGUUGGCCAAGAAGGCGGUGGCGCAGAAGGACAUCGAGAUGAACGCGCAGAAGGGGGGGGGCAACAAAGAUGGCAGCAAAGUGGGCAGCACAGCCGGCAAGCAUGAUGGCAGUAAAAACGGGGUGAACGCCAGCACCAACGACAGCACCGCGUCGGGCGGGAAUGAGAAGCAGAGCUUCUUCAACUCGCCCAGCUUCAGAGACCUAAUCAAGAUAUGCACCUGCGCGCACUUCCUCUGCCUCUGGAUAUAUGGCCCCCUCAAUGCCAUUUACAACACCUUCUAUUUCAGCGUCGUGGAAAAUAUCCUCUCGAAGGACAAGAACGACAUCCUGGGCUACAUCCUCCCCUUCUCCUUUAUCCCCUGUAUUAUCAUGGGCAACCUCUCGGACAAGUACGGAGUAAUGGUCAUGUUUUCCUACGAGCUGUUUUUCGCCCUCUGCAUGUACGUGUUCAGCUACAUCAAGUCGAAUCUGGCCCAGUGGAUUUCGGUCAUCUCGAACGCUAUGUAUUCGGCCUGUGCCAAUGGCCAGCUGUGGACUUUUAUAUCCUUUACGUUUAGCUCCAAGUACCACUCCACGCUCAUCGGGCUGCUCAACUUCGUCUGCGGGAUCGUCUCCUUCGUGCGCCUGCUGCUGUUCGAGUGGGCCAAGUACACCAAGUACGACUUCACGUACAUCAAUUUGCUGAUCAUCGGGUUCAUCGCCGUCAACAUCGGCGUCACGGUGGCCAUCGUCUUUAUAAGGCGGGUCAAGGGGGAGAAGGUGCCCUACGGGGACGAGGACGCCUCCGCCGUGUGA